AUGGUGAGGCGCGCGGGACGCGGGGAAGCCGGGGCGCAGGCGGGCCACCUGGGGGCCAACCCUCCACUCCCAUCCCGCGUGCAGCCUGCUGGGGUCAGCAGUACCUGCCUGGCUGGGUUCCUGAGCCACUCAAAGAGCGACAGCGGCAGGGUCCCCCGAGUCCUGGGGCCGCGCUCGCGAGGUCCCUACUGCGGACUUGGUUUCUACUCGCCAUGUGCAGGCGAAGGGUAUCAGGCAAAGCGGGCACCAACCGCACCCCCACCCUUGCCUGGCGGGCUGGUGGAGGCUUGGGGGACAGGCCUGGUUGGGGGUCAGGAAUCCUGGAUGGCCGCCUCUCCAGGGACUGGAGGCAGGAAGGGGAAGCGGGGCAGGAAGCCAAGCAUCUCCUUGGAGCCUCCCCAGACCAGUGGGAAGCUGGGGCAGGCAGGGACAGAGUUGGCACGAUGCCAGCAGCAGGCGGAUGAGGUGACGGAGAUCAUGCUGGACAACUUUAACAAGGUCCUGGAGCGAGACGGCAAGUUAUCAGAGCUGGAGGAGCGCUCAGACCAACUCCGGAUGAUGAGCUCCACCUUCAACAAGACCACUGAGGCUGUGGUGAAGAAGCAGGGCAGGAUGAACGCCCGCUGGCGCAUCUGCCUGGGGCUGGUGGUAGGCGGCGCCCUGCUGCUCAUCCUGAUUGUGUUGCUGGUCUUGUUCCUCCCAAAGUCUGGUGUGGACAGUGCCUCCAGGCCGGGGGACUGA